UCAGUUUUCCGGAACCUUUUAUUUAUUUCGAUAUAUCGGCGAAGUCCAGUGGCAUAUCGAAUAGUGUUUUUCUGCGUUUUAGUUGUGGGCGGACUAUUUUAUCAGUAAUAAAAAGAAGUUUUUUGUUGUGGAAAAUGCAGUAAUUGUGUUUCAGUGAGUGUGUCAAUUUGUGCAAUUGUUUGUGAGAAUGAAAAAAUCCGCUGCAGACAUGUCAUCGUCAUCCUGGAACAUUUCUCACAGUAGUUCUAGCUCUCUCAAGAGUCGAGCUACAUUUUCAGGGACCGCCACACCCGGUGGAGGCACUGUCUCGUCCGAUCGGGCUGAGAAUGCCCUCAACCUGGACUUUACACCCUUCGAGACCAUCCACAAGUGGAAGCGGAUGCUGGAGUGUGAUGAAUUUGUCGGAGCCAGGAGAAGUAAACACACUGUGGUGGCAUACAAAGAUGCCAUUUAUGUCUUUGGAGGAGACAAUGGCAAGAGUAUGCUGAAUGAUUUGAUUCGGUUUGAUGUGAAGGAAAAGUCCUGGGGUAGGGCUUUCAGUACUGGAAUACCACCAGCUCCGAGAUAUCAUCAUUCAGCUGUUGUCCAGGGCAGCUCCAUGUUCAUCUUUGGCGGUUACACUGGAGAUAUCCAUUCCAACUCCAAUCUCACCAAUAAAAAUGACCUAUUUGAGUACAAAUUCUCCACUGGAUACUGGGUGGAGUGGAAGUUUGUGGGAAGAACUCCUGUACCACGAUCUGCCCAUGGAGCUGCUGUCUAUGACAACAAACUUUGGAUCUAUGCAGGAUACGAUGGCAAUGCCAGGCUGAAUGACAUGUGGACGAUUCCGCUCACGGGUGACACGAAGCAAUGGGAGGAGAUUGAGCAGAAGGGUGACAGACCACCGACUUGCUGCAAUUUCCCCGUGGCUGUGGCCAGGGGAUGUAUGUAUGUAUUUUCGGGGCAGAGUGGAUUGCAGAUCACCAAUGCCCUGUUUGAGUUCAAUUUCAAAACAAAGACCUGGCGUAGAAUAUCGAAUGAGCACAUUCUGAGGGGAGCUCCCCCACCUCCGGCCAGGCGGUAUGGGCACACAAUGGUCCAUCAUGAUAGAAGUCUGUAUGUCUUUGGGGGCUCAGCAGAUUCAACUUUACCCAAUGAUCUUCACUGCUACGACCUGGAUUCUCAAGUGUGGAGUGUCCUGAUGCCAGAAGCAGAUUCACAAGUUCCCACUGGGCGAGUUUUCCAUGCCAGUGCCGUGAUCGGUGAUGCCAUGUACAUUUUCGGUGGGACUGUGGACAACAAUGUCCGGAGUGGUGAUAUGUAUCGCUUUCAGUUCUCCUCCUAUCCUCGCUGCACCCUUCAGGAUGACUUUGGCAAGUUCCUGGCUGAACGACAAUUCUGCGAUGUGCAAUUUAUCGUGGGAUCCGAUGAGGUUAAGAUAACAGCUCAUGUGGCCAUGAUAGCAGCCCGGAGUCAAUUUCUACGGACGAAAAUCCUGGCAGCUCGUGAUGCUCGAAAUCAACACUUUGAGAAGAUCUUUGGCACCAUGGAAGUGCCAUUUGCCGAAAGGCAGAUGCUGGAAGUCAAGCUACCAGGAGCUGUUCCGGAAGCCUUUGAAAUGGUCCUCAAUUACAUCUACACGGAUCGUAUUGACUUCCGUGAUCCCUUUUCCAACAAAAUUGUCCUCCUGAUGAUGGACAUUUACCAACUUGCCGUGCAAUUCUUCAUUCCACGCCUCGAGCAGGUUUGCAUUCAGUAUUUGGAAUUCAAGAUCUCCAAGAGUAACGUCCUGGAUGCCCUGUACAACGCCGACAAGAUGAAAUUGACCGUGAUCAAGGAUUAUUGUUUGGGAUUCAUUGUGAAAGAGGAUAAUUUCUAUGACAUUGUAAUGUCACAGGAUUUUGCUGCUCUCGAGAAGACCCUCAUGGUGGAAGUGAUCAGGAAGAGACUCAAUCCCGGAAAGACAGCUAUUGAUAUGAAAAUUGAUAAAAGUGUUGGAACGACGCUCGAAAGUGAUAUGGCAGUUUUCCUCAAGACUGGUGGGGAAUUCUGUGAUAUCAAUCUUGUGCUUGAGGGAAAUGUCAUUCCAGCCCAUAAAUCUAUUCUUGCUGCUCGUUGUUCCUACUUCCAGGCCAUGUUUCGCUCGUUUAUGCCAUCAGAUAACACAGUGAAUAUUCAAAUUGGUGACAUCAGUCCAUCCAGGGAGGCUUUCAAUUCCCUGCUGAGGUACAUCUACUAUGGCGACACAAAAAUGCCCCCGGAAGAUUCUCUCUAUUUAUUUCAGGCUCCCUGUUUCUAUGGCUUCACCAAUAAUCGCCUUCAGGCCUUCUGCAAGCACAAUCUGGAGCAUAACAUCACGUUUGACAAUGUGCUGCAGAUCCUGGAGGCGUCUGAUCGCAUGAAUGUUCCAGAUAUAAAGAACUACGCCCUCAGGAUGAUUGUGCAUGAUUUUACGCAGGUGGCUCGUUUGCCAAAAAUGCGUAUGCUCAGUCGAGAUUUGCUGCUGGAUGUGAUUAUGGCAAUGGCUGAUAUUCUGGGGGAUAUUCGGGUGAAUCAUCAGGAUCUCACGUCGAUCAGUAUUCACAGUGAUAUAUGAAAGUUGGCUUUUCCCAUUCUCAGCAUACUCCUUGCCUGGGUUCGCAACAAUGACUUGGGCUGAAGGAACAACAAAAACAAACAACAACAAAUUGAUGCCAAAGUGUUUUUUUCCACUUCCUGAGCUUUUCCUCCAUUGCUCCUCUUUAGUUCCUGUGAUAAUUUAUUUUUUUGGCAAUAUGCCAUGUCCUGUCCGUGAAAGAAAUGGAAAAUGUCCUCUAGGAAGGUAUAUAUAGAAUAGAUGUUAGUUUACUUUUUGGCUUUUCGUAGGGAUAUUUAUUGAGACAUUUGAAUAAUCGUUACUCAGAGAUUUAUAGAAAAGUUAUUCAUUGGCACAUGUUGUAGAUUCAAUGUAUAGAUUUCAACGCACACAUUCUCAUAUGCUAAUUGAUCUAUUUUAGUAAAGAAUAUUCCAUGUAAUAAAUAUUGUAAUGCAAGAGAAAAA